CGCACGCCCGAGGCCCGUGGUGCCGCCCCCGCGCCUUCUCGGGCUCGCCCAGAGCUCCCUGGCGCGCUUCACGAGGUUUCGAGAAUCGAAACCCAGUUAUCAACAAGCCCUUCCCACUCACGCGCCGUGACUGAUUUGCGUGCAAGAGUGGACUCAUGAGUCCACACUUGGAUCGGGUUUAUCAAUGGAGUAAAUGGUCUAGCUAGACACCAAGGUUUAAAAGAGCGGUCGUGAGGAACCUCCGGAGCCCAACCGUGAUGAUCUAAAGACAGGCUGUGUCCUCGAGAAUUUUGGGAAGUUUCUGCAGUUGCAGGAUUUUAGUCGUGAUCUGGUUUUGAUGACCACUUAUGAUUCCUGGGGCAUUUAAAGUGUCUCCUCCUGGGGAAAAUGAAAAGAGAUUUGUGGGAAGGGGCGUACAUAAAUUAAAUGUAUGUAUAAAUACACGCAUCUACGGGCGCACACAGUAUCCGCACAUACGGCCCAGUACCUCACGCUCACCGGCCGUCCUCCCGCACUAACUGCUGGGCUAGUCAGCUGCGUGCCCUGCAGGCGGGGGAGGGCAGAGGGGGCGGCGCCCUAUGCAGAUGAGGAGGGUGUGGCGAGCGUGCCGCUCCGGGUCCCGGAAGCGCAGAGAAGCCCGGUAUAAAAAAAGUACUGAAGACAUUUUCCCCGCACAACUGCUAAAGCUCCAGAGACACGAGCGUGUGUGGCAGCAAGAGCCGCCAGUUCGGGACCAUCGCAGCUGGGGUGGCAGCGGCGCGGGAGGGGUCGCGGGGAGGGAGUGGUGAGCGCAAGCGGCAGGGGUCUGGGAAAGACGAAGUCGCUAGUUGCUGUCGGAGCGCGCUCGCAGCUCCUGAAGUGUUGCCGCCUCUCGGUUUCUCUCUCGCUCGCUGCGCUCCUAGAAGGGGCGGCCGCCUCCAGGUGACACAGACGGGACUCUCGCUUGCGCUUUCCAGAUGCAUCAGAGAUACUUUUGGACUGACCAGGGCCAAGUGGCGCUCGGCGGGCACUACAUGGCGGAGGGCGAAGGGUACUUCGCCAUGUCUGAGGACGAGCUGGCCUGCAGCCCCUACAUCCCCCUAGGCGGCGACUUCGGCGGCGGCGACUUCGGCGGCGGCGACUUCGGCGGCGGCGACUUCGGCGGCGGCGACUUCGGCGGCAGCGACUUCGGCGGCGGCGGCAGCUUCGGUGGGCAUUGCUUGGACUAUUGCGAAAGCCCCACGGCGCACUGCAAUGUGCUGAACUGGGAGCAAGUGCAGCGGCUGGACGGCAUCCUGAGCGAGACCAUUCCGAUUCACGGGCGCGGCAACUUCCCCACGCUCGAGCUGCAGCCGAGCCUGAUCGUGAAGGUGGUGCGGCGGCGCCUGGCCGAGAAGCGCAUCGGCGUCCGCGACGUGCGCCUCAACGGCUCGGCAGCCAGCCAUGUCCUGCACCAGGACAGCGGCCUGGGCUACAAGGACCUGGACCUCAUCUUCUGCGCCGACCUGCGCGGGGAAGGGGAGUUUCAGACUGUGAAGGACGUCGUGCUGGACUGCCUGUUGGACUUCUUACCCGAGGGGGUGAACAAAGAGAAGAUCACACCACUCACGCUCAAGGAAGCUUAUGUGCAGAAAAUGGUUAAAGUGUGCAAUGACUCUGACCGAUGGAGUCUUAUAUCCCUGUCAAACAACAGUGGCAAAAAUGUGGAACUGAAAUUUGUGGAUUCCCUCCGGAGGCAGUUUGAAUUCAGUGUAGAUUCUUUUCAAAUCAAAUUAGACUCUCUUCUGCUCUUUUAUGAAUGUUCAGAGAACCCAAUGACUGAGACAUUUCACCCCACAAUAAUCGGGGAGAGCGUCUAUGGCGAUUUCCAGGAAGCCUUUGAUCACCUUUGUAACAAGAUCAUUGCCACCAGGAACCCAGAGGAAAUCCGAGGGGGAGGCCUGCUUAAGUACUGCAACCUCUUGGUGAGGGGCUUUAGGCCCGCCUCUGAUGAAAUCAAGACCCUUCAAAGGUAUAUGUGUUCCAGGUUUUUCAUCGACUUCUCAGACAUUGGAGAGCAGCAGAGAAAACUGGAGUCCUAUUUGCAGAACCACUUUGUGGGAUUGGAAGACCGCAAGUAUGAGUAUCUCAUGACCCUUCAUGGAGUGGUAAAUGAGAGCACAGUGUGCCUGAUGGGACAUGAAAGAAGACAGACUUUAAACCUUAUCACCAUGCUGGCUAUCCGGGUGUUAGCUGACCAAAAUGUCAUUCCUAAUGUGGCUAAUGUCACUUGCUAUUACCAGCCAGCCCCCUAUGUAGCAGAUGCCAACUUUAGCAAUUACUACAUUGCACAGGUUCAGCCAGUAUUCACGUGCCAGCAACAGACCUACUCCACUUGGCUACCCUGCAAUUAAGAAUCAUUUAAAAAUGUCCUGUGGGGAAGCCAUUUCAGACAAGACAGGAGAGAAAAAAAAAAAAGAAAAAAAAAAAAGAGUGAUCCAGCCCUUAUUAGGGAUGUGUUUUGUGCAAUGAUGAUAUGCUCCUGGUUUUAAGUUUGGCAAAGCUUAUGUAUCUUUUAAUAGAUGUGGGAGCAUGAUCUCGAAAGGAUCCUUUUCCCUUCUCUUAUUCUCCUACCCAAUUGGAUUCUAUCCUGCAAAAAAAGAGAGACCUGUCAUUAAAAGCAACCAGGUUCUCCUGAUAUAACAAGAGAAGAAAUGUGUGAUGACAAUAUGGGUUUGCUGUAUCUGCUCCCAUAGCUUUGCCAUAGGAAAAAAAAAAAGUGGAAAGUUUCUUUUAAGAUGGAAUUCAUAAAAGGGAAAAUACAGAGGAAAAAAGGUCUCACUCCAACUUGUGAAUCAGUUUAGGAGUUCAGAUAUGAAUAGUAACAAUACAGGAAAAAGGGGAACUCCAACGUUGGGAUUACUGUCUGAGGCUUGUAGCAAGUGCUUUCUGUGGAAUGAUCUUGUUUUGCUAACAAACGGCUUGCUCCAAAUGAACAGUAGUAGGUUGGUGCAGUUCUGGUAACAAUCAGCAGAACUUAUGAUGACACAAUCCAUUAAUUCCAGCUGCAUGCAUAGAUCACAUUUUUAAAAUGUAAAAAUGCAAGCAAAAACAGCUGUAACAAAGAAAGUGUGCUCAAGGACCAAAGAUUUAACAGAUAAAAAUACCCAAUUAGAAGAGAUAUAGUAGAAUAUAUGAAGAGAGAUUAUAUUUGUUACACACCAAUAUACAUCAAAGUGCCUGUUGCCUUCUGAAAAUUUGAAGUGGCAAAAUUAUUUUAUGGUUUAAUGAUUAUUUUAUUUUAUCAGGGACUGCCUCAAGAAGAAAAUAACAUAUAAGCUUGUGAAUGGUGGAGAAAAUGCCCUAUUUUUUCUUGCAAAUACUUGUAUAAAGUUAACAUUUGUUGAUCUGAUAUUAUCAUAGGUACAUGUGUAUGUGUGUAUAAAUUAUGUGUGUGUAUAUAUAUACAUUUUAUAUAUACAUUUUAUAUGUAUAUAUACACAGUAGAUUGACUAUGAUCUAGAAUAAUGUCUCAAAUAGGAAAUGUUUAAAUACUGUGUGUUUUUAUGUUUUCAACAGGAUAACAUGAGACGUGGGCAUAUUGCAAUGAUGAAUUAAAUCCACAUCUAAAAAAAUUAAAUGAAGGAGGGAACCAAGUAAUAUGUUUCAUAGGAAGAGCAGAAAUUAUACUGUUUUAGUGGGAUUUUUUUUUCUUUUUUUUUUUUCUUUGGUGAGCCAUAGAAUUCCACAAAUGGGAGAAUAUUUGUUUGGCAGAGCACUCUUUUUUAUAUUGAACUGCCAUUUUGACAGUUUGAACCCAUUUAUUAAAAAAAUAUAAUUGCAUUCCUCUAUGAUGUUUAAUCUAGUGGAUCAUGGAUCAGUAAUAGGCUACUUAAAUCCCUCACUGCUAAAAAGGAUUUCCGGUGAUCUAAACACUACUUGCUAAUGUUUAAAUGAAUUUUAAUGAAUGCAUUCUGCAUUUCUGGACCACUAGAAUUUAGUAAUGUGAAAUGACCCUUUUUACAGUAUAUUUGCACAAUUGCUUAAAAUUUAUAUAUGAGAUAUAUAUUAUAUAUAACAUUUUAUAAAUCAUGUCAAUAUGAAACAUCUUUGAUCUGGUUGUCACACUGCAUUUAAAUAUUUAGUACUGUACUUUAAAUCGCUUUCCAUUAAAUCAAAUCCAACUUUAUUUUCUUUCUUACAAAAAUACCAGUUAUACCUUUGUGAAAUGAACUGGCAUUACUAUUUCAGUUCAAUAACAGCUAAUCCUAAAACCACCCUUUCUCCUAGCCUGUAGUUCCUCUAGAUACUGGUCUCUGAAAAUGCAUUUGUUAAAAACAAAACAAAACUAACACAUAAGAACCUUCCCUUUGUGUUGUGAAACAACCACGUAAUCUCCACAACCUUAGUGGAUGACUGCUUGCUAUGAUAAUUCCUCGAAGACCCAAUUAGAAGAUUUUCAUCAUCAGUUAAAGAGAGACCACGGGAGAAAAAAAUAUCCUCCUGUUGGCAGUAUAAUUUGUUUGUUUGUUUAUCUAGGGAUCCUCAGAUGCUUAGUGCUAGGUUAAUCCAGGUUAAUCCGUCUGGACUACCUUUUGUGCAUCUUUCUUUGAAGCCUUAAUGGGAACCUGAUGGGUUUGCUGUAGCAGCUUCCCUGUGAAUUCUGUCAGAGCUGCAACAGCCCCUGCACUGCCACUCAGUUUUCUAAGGAACUCCUCCUACUACCAUCUUGGCUCAGUCUCCCUCACUUAAGCCCUGGGUUUGAAAAAUUAAUUGCAACUUCCCAGGAAACAUUGUUCAGUUUGCAGAUUAAGCCUGGCACUCACCUAUCAGAAACCAGAGCUCCGCCUGCUUAGUUGUUUCAAAGUUUUCUGAAAGAAAACUAGGGGAGCACUUGUGAACACAGGAGCAGCUGGUGAUCUGCUUUCUUACCCUAACUCUUGACAAAUGAGUCGUCUACUAUUUUAGAGUCUGGAGGUCUCUGACUCUGCCAUAACAAUAACCUGCUGUUAAUUUAUAACACAGAUUUUUGUUUGGAAGAGCCUUAUUUGAAAUACACUUUGAUUUAUUUUCUUAAAUAUUUAUAUUCUUUUCUUGCUUACUUCAGGGUUGGUAGCUUAGUUGGAAGUGCCAGCACCUGGCACCUAUUCAUAUAGAACAGGCUGUACUCAAGACAACUUCCAGCAUUUACUUUAAGACUUAUAUAAUUUAUUUCUAUUUUGUGUGUACUAUAGUCUUGUGCAUAUGUAGUUGAACACACAGUGAAAUAUAUGUCUCUCUUUGUGGAUGUGUGGCCUAAAAAUUUGAAUGUCUGGUGAGAGAGAGCCAUGUGUAUAGGUCAGAGGAAAGAACAGCUCCUGACUCCCUAUUAGCGCCUGUGAUUUGUGUCCUUUUGUGUUUAUCUGGCCUAGUGUGCUGUUUCUUUAAACCAGGAAGAAGUUUUGUCUUUUGGAGGCUCUUCUCACCUGUCCAGCCUGGCAUGUCAGAGAACACAUAGCCUGUGACAAUGCCGUUUUUAAAGGUUUACUUAAUUUGCAGUAAAUCCAGCUGCCUCAAGAACUCCUACACCAAGAUGGACAUUUCCCUUCCAGAAAUGGGAUCAAGUAUCUGCUCACUUUGGUAUUGGAUGGACUAAUAAUGUAGCUCCAAAAAUGCAAGGAUGGAAGAAUAUGUGUAAUCCAAACCAAGGAAGGAAAUGAAAAGUGAACGUACUGUUUUUACCACCCCUUUCUGUUUGCUUAUUGUUGGUUGCUUCACUGUGCAUAAAGUUGUUUUCAAUGCAGUGCUUGUUAAAUAAAUAUUGUGAACUAUUUUGUAAAUGAAAUGUAUUAUGUUGAAAGCUGUCAGUUCAAAAAUAAGCUUUUUUGUUGUUGUUGAAGAUGAAGUGUGUUAGAUGAAACCAAAAAGCCAAAAAAAGUAAUUUCAUAUAUAGCAUCUAUUUGAAUAUAAUCUUUCUUUAAAAUUUCUUUUAGCAUAGCAUUUUCAGUGCUAAGAAAGAAUCUCUAUGUUACAUUUUGUUAAAAUAAUGGCUUUCUAACAAAGCAAAUGGUAAAGUACAAAGUUGGAAGAUGUCAAGUUAACGAGACUUGCUGCAAAGCCUUGCAGAACGGAGGAGGCUCUGCCUGCUGGCUGUCUCUCCCUCCAACCUCUCUACAAUCAUGCCUGCUUUGAGGUGUUCUGUUGCAGCAAGCUGCACCUUGGGUCACUCUUUUGGAAUAUUUUGACUAUAGGCUGCGUCACAGGCAGAAAAGGAGUUGAUGGAAAAUGGACUAAAAAGCUGACAUGUUUGAAUCAGUGCUAGAGGGAACAGAUUGUGAAUUUUGUUUACAGCAUCCAAUAUUUGGAUUUUUUUGUAAAUAAAAAGGUUAUUUUUUUCUAUUGA